UUAACAGUUUUUUUAGUCUUAGAAAGUUCUCAAAUAAUCCAUUUUUUUUAGUUUCAAUUUCAAUAGCAGGAACAUUCUUUGACAACUUUUGCUUUUUUGUUAACAGAACAACACAACAACUUAAUCAUGUUUUCAGCUUUUUCUUUUGAUCUAUCACUUUAUAAAAUCAUUGUUUGUUCACAAGUUAUCAUUUGAGUACAAUUUUUGACACAACUUCAAUGAUUUUUUAUUAUAUAUGCAGGUGUUAAGAAAAUUGACUUAAAAUGGAUAAUUCAUCAAAUUUUGACUCAACUUCUUCAGUGGAUCAAAAUGAUCAUUUAAUUAGUGAAACUCCUGAGUACUCACCAUUCAGCGGCGAUUCUUUCGCGUAUUGUCGGAGUAAUUCCGAGGUUUCGAACUUAUCUGAGGCUAUUGAUGACAAUAGUUAUGCUAGUGACCCUCCACCUUCACCAUGGAUGAGUGUGAAACAUGGAGCUGUUCUUUCAAGGUUAGGAAUGAAGCAGAGAAAACAUUCAUUAGAUGAUAAAUCUGAUGAUCUUGAUCUAUUGGAGACAGAACUUGAAAUGAUGAAGGAAAGAUUUUCUAAGCUUCUUUUGGGGGAAGAUAUGUCUGGUGGUGGUAAAGGUGUUUGCACUGCAGUAACAAUAUCAAAUUCCAUUACCAAUCUCUAUGCAACUGUAUUUGGACAUAAUUUGAAGUUAGAGCCUCUAAAGGCUGAGAAGAAAGCUAUGUGGAAAAGAGAAAUGAAUUGUCUUAUGUCAGUGUGUGAUUACAUAGUAGAAUUUGCCCCAACUGCACAAUACUUGGAUGAUGGUACAAUUGUGGAGAUGAUGACAAGUAGACCAAGGGCAGAUAUUUAUAUCAACCUUCCAGCUCUACAGAAGCUUGACACAAUGCUCAUUGAAAUCUUCGAUAGUUUCCAGGAUACUGAAUUUUGGUAUGCAGAACAAGGGAGCAUAUCAGGGAAUUCUAACCGUAGUUCACAUUCGAGUGCCGGUACGCAUUCAAAGGCAGGCUCGUUUCGAAUUAUUGCUCAAAGAAAAGAUGAGAAAUGGUGGUUGCCGGUUCCUUGUGUUCACACUGGUGGCCUCUCUGAUAAAUCAAGGAAGCAUUUGAUUGAGAAAAGAGAUUGUGCUAAUCAAAUUCAUAAAGCAGCUAUGGCAAUAAAUAGCAGUGUGCUUGCUGAGAUGGAUAUUCCGGAAACAUACAUGGCAAAUCUUCCUAAGAGUGGAAGAUCAAGUCUAGGGGACGCAAUUUAUCGCUACAUGCAUUCUGCGGACAAGUUUUCACCCGGCAACCUUCUUGAUUGCCUCAAAAUAAGUACAGAACAUGAAGCACUUGAACUAGCAGAUAGAGUUGAGUCGUCAAUGUACACAUGGAGACGUAAAGCUUGCUUAAGCCAUUCAAAAUCUUCAUGGAACAAAGUAAAGGAAUUUAUGGCUGACACUGGCCAAAGUGACAAAAACUUUGUCUUAGCUGAAAGAGCCGAGACUUUAUUGUUUUUCUUGAAACAAAGAUAUCCUGAACUUUCACAAACCUCGUUGGACACAUGCAAGAUUCAAUACAAUCAGGAUGUAGGAAAAGCAAUACUAGAAAGCUACUCAAGAGUAUUAGAAGGCUUAGCAUUCAACAUUGUUGCUUGGAUUGAAGAUGUUCUUUGCGCAGAUAAAUCAAUGAGGAACUAAAAUGUAUAAAAACCAUUGUGUUCUUCUAUUCAAAACUUUCUUUUGUAAACCAUAACUUUAGGAUAACUUAGAUAGGUAAUAGAUGAUUGCAUCUAAAUUACAAUUAGUUUUCAGUGGUAUUGCAUAAGAAAAUUUUCACUUUCAUUUUGAGGAAUAAUUUUUAGGCUUAAAUGGUCUUUCGGUCCCUGUAAGUUGGCGUGUUUUUGUUUUUAGUCCUUGUACCUUUUUUUUUUAGCAAUUCAUCCCUGUAUGUUAAAAUCUUUUGGUUUUAGUCCCUAAAGUUAAAAUCCGUAGG